GGCUCCGGCGCCGGGGGCUCGGGCUCGGCUCGAGAGGGCUGGCUCUUCAAAUGGACCAAUUACAUCAAAGGCUACCAGCGGCGGUGGUUCGUGCUGAGCAACGGGCUGCUGAGCUAUUACAGGUCAAAGGCAGAAAUGAGACAUACCUGCCGGGGUACCAUUAACCUGGCCACAGCCAACAUCACUGUGGAGGACUCCUGCAACUUUAUCAUUUCCAAUGGGGGUGCCCAGACCUACCACCUCAAGGCUAGCUCAGAAGUAGAGAGGCAGCGCUGGGUGACAGCCCUAGAACUGGCUAAGGCCAAGGCUGUGAAGAUGCUGGCAGAGUCAGAUGAAUCUGGAGAUGAAGAGUCUGUCUCACAAACUGACAAGACUGAACUGCAGAACACCCUCCGAACCCUCUCCAGCAAAGUGGAGGACCUGAGCACAUGUAAUGACUUGAUAGCUAAGCACGGCACUGCCCUGCAGCGCUCCCUCAGUGAGCUAGAGUCCCUGAAGCUGCCUGCUGAGAGCAACGAGAAGAUCAAACAGGUCAACGAACGAGCUACGCUCUUUAGGAUAACAUCCAAUGCCAUGAUCAACGCCUGCAGAGAUUUCCUCAUGUUAGCCCAGACCCAUAGUAAAAAGUGGCAGAAGUCACUACAGUAUGAAAGAGACCAGCGAAUCCGCCUGGAAGAGACGCUGGAGCAGCUGGCAAAGCAGCACAAUCACCUGGAGAGGGCCUUCCGGGGGGCCACAGUGCUGCCAGCCAACACGCCAGGCAGUGCUGGUUCUGGUAAAGAUCAGUGCUGCUCUGGCAAAGGGGACAUGAGUGAUGAGGAUGAUGAGAAUGAAUUUUUUGAUGCACCAGAGAUCAUCACCAUGCCUGAAAAUUUGGGCCACAAACGUACUGGUAGUAAUAUCAGUGGGGCCAGCAGUGACAUCAGCCUUGAUGAACAGUACAAGCAUCAGCUGGAGGAGACUAAGAAGGAGAAAAGAACCAGGAUACCAUAUAAGCCAAACUAUAGCCUCAAUUUAUGGAGCAUCAUGAAGAACUGCAUUGGAAAAGAACUCUCCAAGAUUCCGAUGCCGGUUAACUUUAAUGAGCCUUUGUCCAUGCUUCAGCGCCUUACUGAAGAUCUGGAAUACCAUGAGCUGUUAGACCGGGCUGCAAAAUGUGAGAACUCUUUGGAACAGCUCUGUUAUGUUGCAGCUUUCACAGUGUCCUCCUAUUCCACUACUGUCUUCCGAACCAGCAAGCCAUUCAACCCACUCCUUGGGGAGACCUUUGAGCUGGACCGGCUAGAGGAGAAUGGGUAUCGAUCCCUCUGUGAGCAGGUGAGUCAUCACCCCCCUGCUGCGGCACACCAUGCUGAAUCCAAAAAUGGCUGGACAUUGCGUCAGGAAAUCAAAAUCACCAGCAAGUUUCGAGGCAAAUACCUCUCCAUUAUGCCCCUAGGUACCAUCCACUGUAUUUUCCAUGCAACUGGGCACCAUUACACUUGGAAAAAAGUUACCACAACAGUGCACAACAUUAUUGUGGGCAAAUUGUGGAUAGAUCAGUCUGGUGAAAUUGAUAUUGUAAAUCAUAAGACAGGAGACAAGUGCAACCUUAAGUUUGUUCCUUACAGCUACUUCUCUAGGGAUGUAGCAAGAAAGGUGACAGGAGAAGUGACAGACCCAUCAGGAAGAGUUCACUUUGCCCUUCUGGGGACAUGGGAUGAGAAAAUGGAUUGUUUCAAAGUCCAGCAGGCCUCUGGGGAAAAUGGUGGAGAUGCCCGACAGAGAGGUCACGAAGCAGAAGAAAGCAGGGUCAUUCUGUGGAAGAGGAAUCCCUUACCGAAGAAUGCUGAGAACAUGUACUACUUCUCAGAACUUGCUCUUACUCUCAAUGCCUGGGAAGGGGGCACUGCACCUACGGACAGCCGGUUACGGCCUGACCAGAGACUGAUGGAAAAUGGGCGCUGGGAUGAAGCCAAUGCUGAGAAGCAGCGCCUAGAGGAGAAACAGAGACUUUCCAGGAAGAAGAGAGAGGCAGAAGCCAUGAAGGCCACAGAAGACGGCACACCAUACGACCCAUAUAAGGCACUGUGGUUUGAGCGGAAGAAGGACCCUGUUACCAAGGAGUUAACCCAUAUUUAUAGGGGCGAAUACUGGGAGUGUAAAGAAAAACAGGACUGGAACUCAUGCCCAGAUAUUUUCUGAAGUGGCUGUAACUCAAAGGAAGCGGCUGGAUUGGAGAAGAGGACAGAGGAUGUGGGAAAGCUGGAGUUGGGACUCUGAGCAAGUGCUUUCCUCAAGUCUGUCUUAACCAAUCACUUUUUCCAAAUCAAUCACCAGAAGCAGACACCGGUGGUGGUGAUUGGCUGGUUGCCUUAGCUGAUUGAUGCUGAAAUCGACAUACUAGAUACCUAUUUGUAAGGGACAGGCGUGGCUGAAGCACUAGUGUUGUUCUACAUCUGCAAAGUCAAGUGUUCUUGGCUCUUCUUCUCCCUCUGCCCCAUGUAAGAUGAUGUCACUCACCCUCCCCUUACAGUAUCCUGCUCAGCCAAGAUCUGCAUAAGAUUGUGAUUCAUGAGCAUUUUGGUGCUGUUCAGAGCAAGAACUGAUUUUAAAGUUCCUUUAAAAAGAAACACAUAAGACUUCUCCAGCAGAGGCAUGCAUGGUUGCGGUGGAGCUUAGGUCUAACAUUACGAAAUGUGCCCACACAUAGGGAUUGGCUUAGUGGUACAUAUGUUGGUGUAGAAAACAGGUAGUGGAACAUCUGCAAGAGAGAUUGUUCUGUAGGGCUGGAGUAUUCAGAAUUACAUUCUUGGGAAUUUUAUCUUCACUUGCCUAUAAGACCCUUCUGUUCUCUGUCUUCUUUGACAGCAACCAGAGGCCACAUGAUUGGUAAGAGGGUCACGUUAUCCUCGUGAAGGGGUUUUGUGGACUUCCUCAGGCAGAGAACCUCGGAGAAUGCAGGCAGGGUGGACAACGACUGCUAGCCAGUGUACCUUCUCUAACCCUCCUCACCCCCGCCCUUCAUUGCCUUUCUGGCUUCUCUCCUCACAAUACCAGUUUGAGUUUGUGCCCCAGUCUAGAGCAAACCAUGCCUGUCCCAUUCUGGUAUACUUCAGAAUCUGAGAGAAGUUUCUCUGGAGUAAAAAUUUUCACCAUCUCUCAAGCCCCAUGGACUGGAGCCACCUCUGGAAAAAAUGUAUUAAAUAAUCUGUAUAUUAUAUAUAUAGAGAGAGAAAGAGAAAAAUCUAAUUUUUUGUUUGAUUUUCCUCCUUCCCAUGAAGAAUCUUGGUUUUUGAUAUCACCUGUCUCCCUGGGACUCUCUUGGACACUUUGUUAAUGUGGAUUGGCACUCCUCCGCUUUUCAUCUUUGAGGGACAUUUGAACCCCACGCAGGACCACAUCUUGAAGUUACUGAACAGGGACUCUAGGUCCAGGGUUUGUCAUGGGAUGCCCACUGCUGCCUCAGCUCUGCUUUCCUAAUUACCCAGCUCUUGAAAAUGAAACCCUAAUCUUCUUGCCUCUUUUCUUUCAUUAGGAAGAAAGAAUGGGUAGAAAGUCAGGAGGGCAAUUUCCAGCUGGCUUCUGCCUCUGGCCAGCACACAGGCUAAAUCCCAAAAGAAGUUUCUGGCUCAAAGCACGAGUAUCAUAUAGGGGCUAUUCCUGUUGGGCCCUGGCUUCCUUCUUCCUUUGUUCUAUAUUUUAGUUUCUUAUUCAGAAAUCCAUCCCUGUGCAGCCCACCUUUGGUUGAGGAUCACAAAUUGAGGUGCCUUCCUUAUAUGCUUUUUGUUCAUGUUUCUGUUUUUGUUCCUUAACUGCUGAGCCUCAGCCACGUGGGUCCUGGGGGAAAAUAUCAUUCCAGAGGAAGCCAUCCCGCCAGGGAAAUUGGAUUUUACUGGGUAAAUUUGUACUUUAGUCCCUCCCUACCAUCUCCCCCUUCCCAUCCCUGAUAAACAUGAGAGAGGGGCAGGUGCUGGUGAACUUCCUGGUAAGAACCCUUUCCCCAACACAAGGGUUACACCUGGGAGCCCCAUAAAAUGGAGGCCCUCCUUCUGGGGCAUGGCUAGAAUGGGAAUUUCUCAACAAAGCAGAAACUCCUUGCUUCAGCCCCUCUUCCUGUCUAUCUGCACUACAUCUCUAGCUCGAUCCCCAGACUCCUGCUAAUGGAAGACACAAUACAAAUCCUAAAAGCAGAUUAAAGUCACAUGAAGAUGAAACAAUAUAUAUAUUUUGAGUUUUUUUGCCUUAUUGCUUUUUUUCCAGAAAAACCAAAAAACAAAAAACUACUAAAUUAAAUAAUUUU